AUGCCCAAAGGAAAGAUAGACUUUAUCGAUCUACAAGGCAACAACAUCAGUGUCGUGUACGAGUCCGAUUUACAGGGGCUGGCAAAACUGCGGAUACUCCAACUGACGGAUAACCAGAUUUACACAAUCGAGAAGGACGCUCUUCAUGAUCUGAUAUCGCUGGAAAGACUACGGCUUAAUAGCAAUCGCUUAAAAUCAAUCCCAGAUAAUUUUUUAUCGAGUGCCGCUAAUUUAUUACGAUUGGACCUGUCGCACAAUGCCCUCACCGCGGUACCGAAACGGGCGUUCAAGGGAGCUCCGGCACUACGCAGCCUUCAGCUGGACAACAAUCAAAUCACCUGCCUGGACGAAGGUGCCGUGAAAGGGCUGAUAGAGCUGGAAAUAUUGACUCUGAACAAUAACAACAUCACCACACUGCCACGCGAUAUGUUUGGUGGAAUGCCACGCCUACGGGCGUUGCGCCUUUCGGAAAAUCCAUUUGCGUGCGAUUGUCAUCUCUCCUGGUUGGCCCGAUAUCUAAAGAAUGCGUCACGGUUGGCCCCGUACACGCGGUGCCACUCGCCCGGCCAACUGAAGGGCCAGAACGUGGCUGACCUGCACGAGCAGGAGUUUAAAUGUUCCGGUCUCACGGAGAACGCCCCGAUGGAGUGCGGUGGUCGCAGUCUUUGUCCACACCCGUGCCGCUGUGCCGAUGGUAUCGUGGAUUGCCGAGAGAAAAGCCUCGCGACAGUGCCGACAACCCUCCCGGAGGAAACUACGGAGCUCCGCCUCGAGCAGAACUACAUCACCGAGAUCCCACCGAAAGCGUUCGCCAACCAUCGGCGCCUUAAGCGGAUCGACUUGUCGAACAAUAAUAUUUCGCGAGUAGCCUACGACGCCUUCAGCGGGCUGAAGUCCUUAACCUCGCUCGUUCUUUAUGGUAAUAAAAUCAAGGAUUUACCGGCGAGCGUUUUCAAAGGAUUAGGGUCCCUCCAGCUGCUGCUGCUCAACGCCAACGAAAUCAGUUGCGUGCGAAGGGACGCUUUCAAGGAUCUGCAUAAUCUCAGCCUGUUGUCGCUGUACGAUAACAACAUUCAGUCGCUGGCGAACGGCACUUUCGACUCGCUGCGAAGUAUUCAAACACUACAUUUGGCCCGCAACCCGUUCAUUUGCGAUUGCAACCUACGCUGGUUGGGCGACUAUCUGCACCAGAAUCCCAUCGAAACCAGUGGCGCUCGGUGCGAUGCACCGAAGCGUAUGCAGCGCCGUCGGAUCGAAGCACUGAAAGACGAAAAGUUUAAGUGCACGGACGAUUACAGCAAGAUAAAGUACUCCGGCGAGUGCCGUAUGGAUCAGGAGUGCCCGGCUGCGUGCCAUUGCGACCGUACGACCGUAGACUGCUCGGCACGUGGACUGAAGGAGAUUCCGCGCGAUAUUCCUCUCUACACCACGGAGCUGCUGUUGAACGACAAUGAACUAAAUCGGAUCAAAUCGGACGGGCUGUUCGGACGGCUGCCAAAUCUGGUGAAGCUUGAUCUCAGGCGGAACCAAAUCUCCGGCAUUGAGCCGAACGCCUUCGAGGGUGCCACAAAGAUACAGGAGCUCUUCCUGAGCGAGAACAAAAUCGCCGAAGUGCACAACAAGAUGUUCCUGGGCCUCCACCACUUGAAAACGCUCUCACUAUACGACAACAUCGUGACGUGCGUCAUGCCCGGAUCGUUUGAUUAUCUAACCUCCCUGACGCAGCUCAAUCUGGCCUCCAAUCCUUUCCGUUGCAACUGUCACCUGGCGUGGUUCUCCGAUUGGUUGCGCAAGAAGCAGUUGAGUGGACCGCAGGCACGCUGUACCUCGCCGUCGAAGGUGCGCGAUAUGCCGAUCAAAGACUUGCCCCACUUUGACUUCAAGUGCACGUCCGACAUGGACCAGGGUUGCCUCGGCGAAGGGUACUGCCCACCAUCCUGCACCUGCACCGGCACCGUGGUGCGAUGUUCAAGGAACAAACUGAAGGAGAUCCCAAAGUCCAUUCCUGCGGAAACGACCGAACUUUAUCUGGAGUCGAACGAAAUCUCCAUGAUCCACGCCAAUCGCAUCAGCCACUUGAAGUCUCUGACUCGGCUUGACUUGAGCAACAACAACAUUGCCAUACUAUCCAACUACACGUUUGCCAACCUUAGUCGGCUUUCUACGCUCAUCAUCAGCUACAACGACCUGCAGUGUGUUCAACAGCACGCGCUGUCCGGCCUAAACAAUCUGAAGGUGCUCUCGUUGCACGGAAAUAAAAUCUCGAUGAUCCCAGAGGGUACUUUCAACGAUCUGCAGUCCAUCACUCAUAUUGCCCUUGGGAGUAACCCACUGUACUGCGAUUGCUCCCUCCGGUGGCUAUCGGAGUGGGUCAAGCGUGACUACGUCGAGCCGGGUAUUGCACGUUGCGCCGAACCGGAGCCGAUGAAGGAUAAACUGAUCCUUUCCACGCCGGCCAAUCAGUUCGUGUGCUCGGGCAAGGUGAACAACGAGAUACUGUCCAAGUGUGACGCUUGCUACACGUUCCCGUGCAAAAACGAGGCCGUCUGCAGUGCGCUGCCGGAGCGACAGUACGAGUGCCGUUGCAAACCGGGCUACCACGGGGCGCACUGCGAGUUUAUGAUCGAUGCGUGCUACGGGAACCCGUGUCGCAACAACGGUACCUGCACGGUGCUGGAAGAAGGACGCUUCAGUUGCCAUUGUUUGAGCGGCUACAGUGGUUCGCGGUGUGAGGUUAACAUCGACGAUUGCGUUGGGCACAAGUGCCAGAACAAUGGGACGUGCGUCGAUGGUGUGAACUCGUACAGCUGCUCGUGCGCCCCCAGUUACACGGGCGAGCACUGCGACAGCAAAAUUGAGUUCUGCAGCAAGGAUUUCAACCCCUGCCAGAACAGUGCCCGGUGUGUGGACCACUCGACGCACUACACUUGCGACUGCUUGCCGGGCUAUCGGGGGGUGAACUGUUCGGAGAACAUUGACGAUUGCGUCAACCACAUGUGCCAGAACGGGGGAACGUGCGUGGAUGGAAUCAACGACUACACCUGCAAGUGUCCGACGGAUUUCACGGGCAAGUUCUGCGAGGGAACCCCGAUGGUGGCGAUGAUGUACCCGCAGACGUCUCCGUGUCAGCAGCACGAGUGCAAGUUCGGUGUCUGCUUUCAACCGAACCCAUCGAGUGCGGACUAUAUUUGCAAGUGUGCGCCAGGAUAUUCGGGCAAACGGUGCGAGUAUCUGACCAGUCUGACGUUCAUGCACAACAACUCGUUCGUAGAGCUGGAACCGUUACGCACGAAACCGGAAGCGAACGUGACGAUCGUCUUCAGCAGCACACAGCAGAACGGGGUGCUCAUGUACGAUGGCCACAACGAACAUCUGGCGGUAGAGUUGUUCAAUGGGCGCAUCCGUGUUAGCUACGAUGUGGGCAACGAUCCCGUGUCGACGAUGUACAGCUUCGAGAUGGUGGCCGAUGGCAAGUACCACAUGGUGGAGCUGUUGGCGAUCAAGAAGAACUUUACGCUCCGUGUCGAUCGCGGUCUGGCACGGUCGAUCAUCAACGAGGGCUCAAAGGAUUAUCUGAAGCUGACGAGCUCCAUGUACCUCGGGGGCCUACCGGCGGAACCGGGCCAGCAAGCGUAUAAACAGUGGCACCUGCGCAACCUGACCAGCUUCAAAGGCUGCAUGAAGGAGGUGUGGAUCAACCACAAGCAAGUGGACUUCCUGAACGCCGCCCGGCAGCAAAAGAUCACCCCCGGCUGUGCGCUGUUGGAUCAGGACAGCGAGGGCGAAAUGGACGACGACUUUGUGCAGGAAACGGCGGUGAUGCUCAAAGAGAUUAACCCUUGCGAGAACCAUCAGUGCAAACGAGGCGGCAAGUGUGUGGCGAACGGUAAGGGUGGCUACACGUGCAAGUGUAAGAAGGGCACCAAGGGCAAAUACUGCGACCAAGGUGAGGGAUCCACCAUGAUCGACGAGGACCCGUUCAAACCUUCCUCUUCCGCUGGCUCGACGUGUCGUAAAGAGCAGGUGCGUGAGUACUACGCUGAAAAUGACUGCCGGUCGAGGCAACCCCUAAAGUACGCCAAGUGCGUCGGAGGAUGCGGCAACCAGUGCUGUGCCGCCAAAGUCGUGCGUCGACGGAAGGUACGCAUGGUGUGCCGAAACAACACCAAAUACAUCAAGCACUUGGAUAUUGUGCGAAAGUGCCACUGUACGAAGAAGUGCAACUGACUGCAAGACGCGACUACCCAACCCAUAACAUCUAUA